AUGAAUCGCUACUCGACGUACACGUCCACUUCCGCCGGGCCUGGCGAUGGCGAAGAGAAGAAGAAGGACAUGUGGAGCUCCAUGCUUGACGAUGUCGCCAGCGGCAAGAGGCUACCCGAGAAGAACAUGCUGGUCCUAGGAGGAUCGGUAGAAUCGCAACGAGACUUCCUCGAAUCUCUGUCGAACAACGAAAAGAGGCGCAACCUGGACCGAUCAAAGGACAAGAUCCCACCGAUAGCGAAUAGUUAUGCUCUUGGAUACACAUAUUACGAUGUCCUCGAUGCAGAUCAGGAUGAUACCUUGGCGCGUGUCUCUCUAUACCUCCUCUCAACACCUUCUCCAGCUUUCACUUCUCUUCUCAAGCCGCUUUUGACGAGACAAUCGAUUCCCAACACACUGAUCGUAGUACUGCUGGACUGGUCACAACCUUGGACUUGGAUGCGCCAACUGCGGGAUUGGAUUCUGCUCAUGCGAACGGUUAUAGCUUCCCUCAGUCUAGAAUGUAAAGAUGUCUUGCAAGAGAAUCUGGAUACCUGGAAGGACAGAGGUCGAGGAGGCAGCGCUCUCAACCUUGAUGGCACGCCUGCUCUGACUUCAGAAGGUGACGUUCCUUUGCCUGUUGGCCAAGGUGAAUGGGAUGAACCUCUAGGUCUACCUCUUUGUGUAGUCUGCCAGAACGCCGAGAGGAUGGACUAUCUGGAAAAAAGUCAGAGCUGGAAAGAGGAGCAGUUUGAUUUGGUUUUACAAUACCUCCGAACGGUCCUACUGAAGCAUGGUGCUUCUCUGAUAUACACAAGUCCCACGGGGGACACACCACUGCAGAGUCUCAUACACGCGAGUCUCGGGAUACAUUCACUCUUGAAGCGCGCACCGCUUAAGCACAAUGUUAUCGACCGAGACAAGAUUGUCGUGCCGCCAAACUGGGAUUCAACCAGUAAGAUCAUGGUACUGAGAGAUGGCUUUGAUGUAGAUGCUGUUAGCAACGGGUGGAGCAUUGAUAUCGAUCAACCAUUUGUACUGCCAUCAAAGCCAAUUGAGACGACUGGUAAUGAGGAUGAGCCCGAUGGGUCGAUUAUUCCCGUCAGCGGUCCCAGUGAGGGUCUUGUCCAAGAUCCGGAGGGCUCUGCUGUCACCCUCUAUGAAUCUCAGGUUCAAGACUCUAGUCUUGAUGCACUACAUCUUGCGCAACAAAAACAAGACACUACGAGGCUCGAAGUAGAGGCUGCAAGCGCUCAGGAGUUUCUCGCGACUUUGGUCCCCCGAGUUGAUGCCGAGAAAAAGGUUGACGAGGAAGAAGGUAAACAGUUUGCGCAGAACAGCACAACGACCACGGAAGAAAUCAUUAGUGAUCAUAUUGGCCCUGUCCAAUUCAAUAUGGGAGGUAUUCAGGUCGAUGCCGAUGACAUGGUUCAGAGACUCAAGGAACGGCAGUCAUAUAGUCAGACACCCGAGCCCGUCGCAGACGAAGAAGAAGAACUUGGCUCGAGCAAGCCAGUUGAUACUGAAAGGCUGGCACAGUUUUUCGGUAAUCUCAUGAAUAGGAAGCCUGGCGCGGGAGGGAAAUGA